CGCUAUCGCACCCUGCAAACCUUCUCCACCCAGGCACCCGAUGUCCUGCGGAACACGACGACCUUCAAGAGCCACGAGGUCCGCUACCCGGAGCUGCUCACCAACUGCGAGGAUGUCGUCAUGAUUGAGGAAGAGGGCGUUGCCCUCCUGAGCUGCGACGUUGGCCGCGAUGGCUGGAACACCGUCAUGGGCACCUUCAUUAACCCCAACAUCUCCGGCGCCAUCUUCCAAUGGUACUACUCGGACCCCGACGCCGAUCCCAAGCCCAUUGCGCUUGAAGGCAUCGACACGUCUAUCGACUUCCACCCGCUCGGCAUAAACUACGACGCGGCGACGUCGACGCUGGCAAUCGUGAACCACGCCUCCACGGGCCCUACGAUCGAGCUCUUCUCCUUCACGCCGUGGGCGGGCUUCGGCCGCGCCGCCGCCUUCCACGUCCGCACCAUCAAGCACCCGCUCCUGCACGCGCCGAACCAGGUGCUCCCGCUCUCAGCCACCGACUUCAUCGUCACCAACGACCACUUCUUCACCGCGAGCAAGGCGCCGCUCCUCAACAAGGCCGAGAACUACCUCGCGCUGCCGGGCGGCACCGUCGUGCACGUCGACCUGAGCGCGUCGCCCGACCCGCGCAACGAGUCGGGCCUGGCCACCGCGGCCGACGUCAAGGUAUCGACGCUGGCGUCCGUCCCGUUCGCCAACGGCGUCGUCCGCCUCGGCGACUCGACCCUCGCUGUCGCUAGCACCACGCGCCGCAGCGUCCAGCUCUUCAACAUGACGUACACGACCGAGGGUGAGGGCGCCGAGGCCAAGACCUCCGUCGACCUGAAGCUCGUCCGCGAGCUCGAGACCCCCUUCCUCGUUGACAACCUGUCCGUCGACAGCGCCGGCACGCUCCUUGCCGCUGGCCAUGCCCACGCCCCCGCCCUCGCCGCUGUGGAGGCGGCGCGUGAAAGCUGCCUCCAUGUCCAGACGUACAAGGGUGCGUGGGGCGAGCGCGAGUGGAAGGACGCCGAGGCGUGCACGGCGGGCAAGGUCAGCCCUAGCUGGGUUGCUGAGUGGAAGGACGGCGAGUGGCGCGAUUUGCUUGUCGGCGCGAGUGUUUUUGGCUGUAGUACGACUGCUGUAAGGGACCUGAAGGAAAAGAAGAUUAUUGUGGGUGGAUUGUAUGAAAGGGGUAUUCUGUUUGCGGAGGAGUAG